AUGCGUGUGGACUUCGAUCAUCACAAGGUGACUGGUGCAGCUGCGAGACUGGCACUGUUAGCUCACCUGCAGCUGACUGCUACAGCUUCAAGACUGACACUGUUAGCUCACCUGCAACUGACUGGUACAGCUUCAAGACUGGCACUGUUAGCUCACCUGCAGCUGACUGUUACAGCUUCAAGACUGGCACUGUUAGCUCACCUGCAGCUGACUGGUACAGCUUCAAGACUGGCACUGUUAGCUCACCUGCAGCUGACUGGUGCAGCUUCAAGACUGGCACUGUUAGCUCACCAGCAGCUGACUGGUACAGCUUCAAGACUGGCACUGUUAGCUCACCAGCAGCUGACUGGUACAGCUUUAAGACUGGCACUGUUAGCUCACCAGCAGCUGACUGGUGCAGCUUCAAGACUGUCACUGUUAGCUCACCUGCAGCUGACUGCUUCAAGACUGGCACUGUUAGCUCACCUGCAGCUGACUGGUCCGGCUUCAAGACUGGCACUGUUAGCUCACCAGCAGCUGAAUGGUGCAGCUUCAAGACUGGCACUGUUAGCUCACCUGCAGCUGACUGGUACAGCUUCAAGACUGGCACAGUUAGCUCACCUGCAGCUGACUGGUGCAGCUUCAAGACUGGCACUGUUAGCUCACCUGCAGCUGACUGGUACAGCUUCAAGACUGGCACUGUUAGCUCACCUCCAGCUGACUGGUGCAGCUUCAAAACUGGCACUGUUAGCUCACCUGCAACUGACUGGUGCAGCUUCAAGACUGGCACUGUUAGCUCUCCAGCAGCUGACUGGUACAGCUUCAAGACUGGCACAGUUAGCUCACCUGCAGCUGACUGGUACAGCUUUAAGACUGGCACUGUUAGCUCACCAGCAGCUGACUGGUACAGCUUCAAGACUGGCACAGUUAGCUCACCUGCAGCUGACUGGUGCAGCUUCAAGACUGGCACUGUUAGCUCACCUGCAGCUGACUGGUACAGCUUCAAGAUUGGCACUGUUAGCUCACCUGCAGCUGACUGGUGCAGCUUCAAGACUGGCACUGUUAGCUCACCUGCAGCUGACUAGUACAGCUUCAAGACUGGCACUGUUAGCUCACCUGCAGCUGACUG